AUGCAGGGGGCGAAGGAGAAGGUGGGGGACGCGGCGAGCUCGGCGAAGGAGAAGGUGAGGGAGUUCAAGGCGAAGGCGGAGGAAAAGGCGGAGAAGGCGGCGGCUGUGACCAAGGGGCAGAAGGCGGCGGCACACGAGCGGGCCAAGGCCAAGGAGGCGGCGGCGGAGAUGGAGAAGCACCAGGAGAAGGCGGAGCACCGAGCACAGAGGGAGGCCGCCGGAGGCCACGUCACCCACGUCCCCCUCUCGCACGUGCCGGGCGCGCACCGCCAGCACCCCUUCUCAGCGGCGCCGCCAGACCCCCGGUACCCGGCGGCGGCUCCCCCCGCCGGUGAGAAGUUCUUCUAG